CUUAAAACUAUUUCACUCCAGAGUCUAGACUCCAGACUCCACACCCACUUGUAAUACGCGAUUUACGGCGAUCCAUGUAACAUAAGACAGUUAAACUUUUCUUCGAUUCGGUUUGGGUUCCAGACCAGUUUUGGUAACACUUGUUCAACAUCAUCGCCAAUCCGCAUACGUUUGGUUUCAAAACCUGCAACUGCAACUGCAACUGCAACUGAGACACACCACACACAGUGGAAAGUGAAAAGUGAGCGAGAGUCCCAAAUGUGGAGAAGAGGCUUUUGCAGCACCACUAGUUCCGCCUUAAACAAGAAAUGGGACGCACUAGUCAUCGGCGGUGGUCAUAACGGCCUUACUGCCGCUGCUUACCUAGCUCAAUCGGGCCUCUCCGUUGCCGUCCUUGAGCGCCGCCACCUCAUUGGCGGUGCCGCCAUCACCGAAGAACUCAUCCCUGGUUUCAAGUUUUCCCGUUGCAGCUACCUCCAGAGCCUCCUUCGUCCUUCUAUCAUCAGAGAUCUGGAGUUACAUAGACAUGGAUUGAAACUGUUGAAGAGAAGUCCUUCAUCGUUUACGCCGUGUUUGGAUGGACGCUAUCUUCUUUUAGGUCCUGAUGCUGAGCUAAAUCAUUCGGAGAUUUCAAAGUUUUCAAAACAGGAUGCUGACGCUUACCCAAGGUAUGAGGAUCAGCUAGAGAAAUUUUGCAAGUUUAUGGAUCCACUAAUCGAUUCAUCACCACCUGAAGUUCAUCAAGGUGUUUCAUCUUUCAAUUCCCGUUUGAAACACAAGUUACAAAAAUCAGAAUUUUGGGCACAUUGUUUACAUCAAUCUGUCUCCAUGGGUCAACAAGGGCUUGUAGAUUUCAUGGACCUUUUACUAUCACCAGCAUCAAAUGUCUUGAAUCGUUGGUUUGAGAGUGAGGUGUUGAAAGCAACACUUGCUACAGAUGCAGUGAUAGGAACAACUGGAAAUACACAAACACCAGGGAGUGGAUAUGUUUUGUUGCAUCAUGUGAUGGGAGAAACCGAUGGUGAACGUGGAAUUUGGUCAUAUGUUGAAGGUGGAAUGGGCUCAGUGUCAAUGGCCAUUGGAAAUGCUGCUAAAGAAGCUGGUGUCACCAUACUUACUGAUUCUGAGGUAUCAAAGCUUAUGAUCAAUGAUUCACACACAGUAACUGGGGUUAUUUUAGCUGAUGGAACACAAGUUCAAUCUUCAGUUGUUUUAUCAAAUGCUACCCCUUACAAGACUUUCAUGGAAUUAGUACCUGAAAAUAUCCUCCCUGAUGAUUUUACACGUGCUGUUAAACACUCUGACUAUAGUUCCGCAACAACUAAAAUCAAUUUAGCAGUUGACAAAUUGCCAAAUUUCAAAUCUUGCAAUUUGAAUUAUCCUGAAGCUGGUCCACAACAUAUGGGAACUAUUCACAUUGGUUCUGAAAGAAUGGAGGAGAUUGAUACUGCAUGUCAAGAAUCAAUGAGUGGGCUUCCAUCAAAAAGGCCUGUAAUUGAAAUGACAAUUCCUUCGGUUUUAGACAAGACUAUAUCUCCACCUGGGAAGCAUGUUAUCAACUUGUUUAUUCAGUAUACACCUUAUAAACCUAAUGAUGGAAGCUGGGAAGAUCCUGCAUAUAGAGAAUCGUUUGCGCAAAGAUGUUUCAGAUUAAUUGACGAAUAUGCCCCUGGCUUCAGUUCAUCAGUUAUUGGCUAUGACAUGUUGGCUCCACCAGACCUUGAAAGAAUAAUUGGUCUCACAGGAGGGAAUAUUUUCCAUGGUGCAAUGGGGUUGGAUUCUCUUUUCCUGAUGAGACCUGUAAAAGGAUGGUCAAAUUAUAGAACACCGGUGAGAGGAUUGUAUCUAUGUGGGAGUGGGGCCCAUCCGGGUGGUGGUGUGAUGGGUGCACCAGGGCGCAACGCUGCACGUGUGGUUAUAGAUGACAUCAAAGGGAAUAAUGUUUAA